GUAGAGGACGCAGUUGAAGUUGUAGAAACCGAGGAGCGACCCGCUCACAAAGGAAUGACCGGAGCGCGAGCGAUAGUGAAAAUGAUUGCGCCUUGUGUCAUUAGCAAUAGCAUAAGCAUUUCGAUGAUACUGGUGGAAAUAUGGGGCCAGCGCUUUAUUUGUUCAACAUCAGCGUAUAGAACAGUGAAGAAGCAAAAGGAGGAGCAGGGCAAGCGCAUCCCUACACUGCAGACCGCCGCGCAUGUACUGAAAGACGAUGCCGCCUCCUAUUCUUGAAUUUAUUUCAAACAAGCGCGGCAACAACGACAAGGCCCGUCGCUUAUGGCGAACUCCAUC